AUGCCCAAUGACUUCCGGCCUAAGUUCCACAACCCCGAGCCCCUCCCGUCCAUCGACGACUUUCGCUUAUCCACAAUUCUCCAGAAACAUGUCCCUGAAGAGAAUGAGGCCGUUAAGAAAGCGCUUCUAAACGUUGCUGAGCGGCACCAAAACGACUUGAAGCUGGAGAUCAGACGGCUGCUUACAGUGGAGCAAAAGAUUCAGUACUUGAACAUUGACGUGGCCAAGAGAGCUCAUCUGCUACGAAGGAAAGUAGGUGGGCAGAAACGCCGCUUGGAACGGGCGUUGGAGCUGCCCAAUAACGGAAAAGAGGGAACUUUGUACUUGGAGAUAUCUCAGGUGAUGUCAUUGGUAUCGGAAACUAGCGCAAGAACGCAGGCUCUUGCUCAGAAGGUCUUGGAGUACGAAAGAUCGAAUCACGGCCCGAUCUCAGGCCCAGAUCCACGAAAGUACCCUCGUCUUGCUAAACUUUUCGGAACAGACACGGAUUCUGUAGAUGUGAAUUCCACGGGCUCCAUAGUGGUAGAGGGAUACAUCGAUGAUGAGGAUGAUGGAUCAGAGAGUGUGGAGCUUAAUGGAGAAGAUGAGAUGAGGGCAUUACUGUCGAGAGAAGCACAGAAUGAGGAAAGUACAUGCUCACGAAAUAAUGAUAAUGAGCUUCCGUCUUCAAGGGAGUCGCCAUCCGAAGCCAAUGCUGACAAGGCUGACAAGGCUGAUAAUUCUGAAGAGCAUAGAGAACCGACGCCAGAGGAAAUGUCUCCAGAGAUGUUUGAGCAGCUCAUAGACUUGAACAUCUCAAAGUACAGGCUGAAACGACGAAGCAAAUACAAAGAGCUCAAUUUAUUUCCUCCAGAGCUCUCAAGCAAGCCAUCUUGUGCACGCAAGAGCAAAUCCAAUCCCUUGCGCUUGUUAUAUUCGUCUCUGGCUUUGGCCAAUAGCGAUAUGCUCAAAUCGAAUGUUGUGGAUGUGGAAACCCUCAAGUCACCAUUUGUGAACUCUAAAUCAGUGGCAACUGUGCUGCCGACACCACAAACAUCGCUACAUAAAAAACUAAGAAUACGAGUGCAGCCAUUAAGGUACAACAAGCAAAACGAAGACUGCGCUUGUUCGGAGGCUGCUGAGGAGGAGACUGGUCAGAACGAAGCCGACUCUUCUCCCGCUAGGGAGGCUUUGACUAGGACCUUGUACCAUUUUCUGGGCGCCGACGUUGAUGAAGAGGCAGAUCGUGAACUAGAUGAUGAGCUUUGGAGUUCCUCCGGAAUACAUUCAGAAAGCGAGGAUGAUAGCGACUCAUCGAGCAACUCUUCUUCUAAUGAUGAUGAAGUGAUUGAUCCUUUGCAGGAGGACGAAUUGGAUCCAACCUCAGAAGCAUACCAGUCUAUUCGAAAGGACCUAUUAAGGCUACGAAGGAAGAAGGGCAAAAAGAUGAAUGAGCAAGUUCUUCGGGAAUUCUCUCCGACUCCAAAACAUCAGCCUUCUCACCGAACACUCAAACCCAAAGGUUCAAUCUUAAAGAUGUCUGCCAGUUCGAGCAGGCCCUCGAAAUCUGCCACGUUUCUGCUGCCUAAAACUCCUCGUGUUCUGGCUAGUGGACUGCCACGCAAAGCAAACUCCCCAAUGUUGGAGAGUGCAACACAAACGCCGUACCGAGCAAGUCCGAGAGCCUCUUUUGUCAGCGAUGUUUCAGCUCUAGGAAUGAUUCUAGGCAUUGAGCGGAAGCAACAAGACCAAGAAGGUGGUGAGGACGGUGACUGCGAAGAAAACAGCUCUAUUGAAAAUUCUGGCACAAAGCCCGACGUGAAGGACAGUGGUGAUUACAAGAGCGUUGACAAAUUGCGGAGUUUAUUAGUUUAA